AUGGAGUAUCACUACAAACUACCAAUUUCACUCAGGGGGAGAAUUUGGCUAUUGUGGGAUUCUAGUAGGAUGGAUGUGAACAUUGCAAGGGCUUCAAAUCAGUUUAUUCAUGUUGAAGUGUCUCAUAGAAGCUCUGGGAAGAAGUUCUGGUUUACUGCAAUUUAUGGUGUGAAUGAUGCUGCAGGGAGACAACAAUUAUGGAGGGAUUUAGUGGAUAUAAAAAGAGGGAUUCAGAGUGCUUGGAUAAUAGGGGGUGAUUUUAAUAAUGUUUUAAACUUUGAUGAAAGGAUAGGGUCUACAAUCUCCAUGGAUGAAGUGGGUCCUUUUAGACAGUGCCUUAGGGAUUGUGAGUUACAUGAUGUUGUGUGUUCUGGACCAUUUUUCACUUGGUCAAACAAGCAGGAGGGUGUGGAUAGGGUCUUCUCAAAAAUUGAUAGAGUUUGUGUGAAUGAGCAGUGGGAAGAUUUGUUUCCUGAUGCUACUAGUACCUUUUACACUGAGAGUAUCUCUGACCACUGUCCUUGUGUGGUUAAGUUGGAUACUAAAGUAUUGACAAAACCUAGGCCAUUUAGGUUUUUCAAUAUGUGGUGUCAAGAUGAUAGCUUUGAAGACAUUGUUGAGCUAGGGUGGCAAAAAAGAGUGUAUGGUGUUCCUAUGUAUAGGAUUGUAGUUAAGCUUAAAGCUCUGAAACAGAAUUUGAAAGUCUUAAACAGAACUAAAUUCUCUGAUGUGGAGAAUGAGGCUGAGAGGGCUGCUGGUGAAUUAAAGAGAGUCCAAACUCAGCUUCAUGCUUGUCCCCAUGAUAGGACAAGGGAUGAGAAGAGGACUAAGGUGAGUUCAACUAUUGUGAAUGAGGGAAAGAUCCUUAGUAGUGAACAGCAAGCUGAGUUGUGCAGGAGAUUCAAUGCAGAAGAUGUGAAGGUUGCUCUGUUUGAUAUUGAAGAUAAUAAAGCUCCUGGUCCAGAUGGGUACACUAGCUGCUUCUACAAAAGAGCAUGGCCUAUUGUGGGAGCAGAAGUCACUGAAGCUGUUCUGGAAUUCUUUCAAACAGGUAGAUUGUUGAAGCAAGUCAAUGCAACUACCCUCUGUCUUGUGCCAAAGUGUGAUCAGCCUAAUGAUGUCUCACAAUUCAGACCUAUAGCAUGUUGCAAUGUGCUUUACAAAAUUAUUUCAAAGAUGUUGUGUGCUAGAUUGAAGAAGAUUCUUCCCACUUUGAUUAGUCCUAAUCAAAGUGCUUUUAUUGAAGGGAGGGUGAUAAUCCAUAAUAUCUUCCUUUGCCAAGAUAUUAUGAAACACUACAAAAGAAAGAAUAUGAAUGAGAGAUGUACUAUAAAAGUAGACCUUCGCAAGGCCUAUGAUUCUAUACAGUGGGAGUUCAUCAAAGAACUUCUACAAGCCAUGAAGUUCCCUGAACAGUUUAUCAACUGGAUAAUGAGCUGUAUUACAACACCUAGUUAUUCACUAAGUGUUAAUGGAGGUUUAUGUGGGUUUUUUGAAGGAAAACAAGGAUUAAGGCAGGGUGAUCCUGUAUCUCCCUUGCUAUUUGUGAUUGCAAUGGACUAUUUUUCUCGUUUGAUGGCUAGGAUGGGCAAGAAAAAAGAGUUUCAAUAUCAUCCAAGAUGUAGAUCACUAGCUCUUUACCAUCUCAUCUUUGCAGAUGAUCUGAUGCUGUUUAGUAAAGGUGAUAUCCAAUCUACACUUUUGCUCAGGAGAGCUCUGAAGGCCUUUGCAGAUACAUCAGGUCUGGAAGCUAGCCAACAUAAAACAACAAUAUACUUUGGAAGUGUAGAUGAAGAGAUUCAAAAUAGAAUAGUUCAGCUCACUGGGUUCCAGAGAGGAGACUUUCCUUUCAAGUAUCUUGGGAUACCAAUCACUACCAAGAAGCUAAAAAAGAAUGAUUGUGAUUUGAUUGUGGACAAGAUGCUUAGAAGAAUUACAAGCUAG